AUUAGAUUCAAUUCACCUCACUACCAUCACAGAUAAUAUAAUACAAUUACCAAACUGCAUCUUCACAAUCCUGCCACGUUGUACACAUAGAGACAUAUUAGUAUUUGCUCCUCAAAUUCAAUAUCCAACCGGUAACAUGCCGGCACGCACGCGUGCACGCUUCCCGCCAUUAUUUGCCGCCAAUCGACAAUAUGGCGCUGACGAGCGCGGUCGCCAACGCCGCCGCCGCCGCCGCCGCCGGGGCAGGCAAGAAGGCCGCACAGGUCCAGUUGCAGGCCGAGCUCAACAAUGAUGAUGAGUGGCAUAAAUUCAUGCAGAGAGAAGGAUUGCUUGUGAUAGAUGUGUAUUCGGAAUGGUGUGGACCAUGCAUCGGCAUGGUGGGGAAUUUGAAGAAGAUCAAGGUGGAACUGGGAGGAGACAACCUGCACUUGGCCGUGGCAAAAUCAGACAACAUAGAAUGCCUGAAGCGGUUCAGAAAACGCAGCGAACCCACGUGGAUGUUUCUUGCGGGCGGACAACUGCUGAACGUGAUGUUCGGUGCGGACGCUCCUCGCCUCACGCGGACUAUAGAACAGGAACUGCGCAACGAAGAGCAGGUGCAGACAGGGGAGAGGGGACGACCGCUGAGAGCUCCGCACGAGCUCACCCCGCCUGAACAGGAAGUAGCUACAGCCCAAGAGAAGAUAUAUCAAGAGAGAAGACAAAAAGAAAUCGCGGCGAUCGAGGCGGCCCGUACCGCCCGUCGGGAAGACAGGGCCAAGCGCCUGGAAGCAUAUUUCAAUGACAUAUGCCCGGCACUGAUGACGCCGGUGGCCCAAAAACAUUUGAGAAGAGUGUCCGAUGCUUUGGAACCGAUUGGAGUGAUAGUUGCAGACAAAUGCCCCCUUGUAGUGGGCAAGGACGGAGCCAAAAGGUUGGCGGUGGAGGACCCUGAGUUCGGGGACGAAGCUGUGGUAGCCCUACUGGCGGAGAGACCAGCUCUCGCGCUGUUGCUGAAGAAGGCACCUGACAAGGAAGGCAGUGUUAUCGAACUAACUCGUCGUGCUCUGUACGGAGACGGCGAAGAAGACCAGGAGACCAAGAGAUACCCGGCUGAAGAACUAUAUAUAGACGGUGUCCCUGGUAUAUUUGUACCCAAAGACAGACACCAGAGGGCUGCUGCGUUGGACCUGCUCUUCCCGAAGAUGGUGGGAGCCGUGCUAGAGCCGCCGGCGGUAGCGGAGCCCCCGCACGUGGCGAUGAUUUUCGGCGCGUGGCAGCGGCGCGCCGUGCUGGCCGCGGCCGCCGCCCCCCGCGUCAGCUCCAGGGUACUUCGCUGCGGGUUCUUCGCCGACGCCGACGUCAACGAGCCGAAGCUACUAUGCAAGACUGUUGAUAAAUACGACGAGAAACUGGACAAAGACUAUUGUGAGACCAUGGUAGUGAUGGUAGCCAUGGGAUUAGCUGAGCCUGAACUAGCCGAGCCCGGCGACAUUCCCCCCGAGGGUCCCCCCGUCGAGCUGCUGGCCCUGGGCCCCCUACAUGUGAGCGCUGACAUUGUGGUCGGGGAGGAGGAAUGCGCCAGGUUCUUCCCGUCGGGGUACAACGAGCCGGAGGUCAAGCCCAAGCCGAAACCGAAGAAGAAAAAGAAGAAGCGCAACGAGACCAAAGAAGAGACGAUCGACUCAACAGGAGUGUCGGCCAGCGAGGCUGCCGAGGCGGAGGCCGGCGCCGAGCCCGACAGCCUGGCCGACGCCGACGACGCGGCCGACGGCGACGACGCGGCCGACGCCGAGCCCGACGACGACGACCCCGCCGCACUCGACAAGGCUACGUCCCCGCCGCCCGCCACGCCGCAUUCAUAGGCACAUUGUUGUUUUUUUUUUUAAGUUUUUACACUGAUACUGUCAAUUGUGGUAAUUUUGUAUUCAGUUUGUUUUUUUUUUUUUAAUUUUGGUUAUUUUUUUUUUUUAUAAUUUUCAAUCAGUGUAUUGAGUCUCCCAUCCGAAAAAUGGGUAUUGGCGACGAAACAAUUGAACAAGAAGUGAUUGUAAUUUAGCUUGCAAAAUUUGACCUAAACAAAUAGAAAUAACUUACAAAUAUAGAAAAAACUUGCGAAAAAAAUAGGUAUACAUGUAUUUAUCAACACGUUGACUGCCAACUACGGGAUAACUCGUAGGUUGCGUUCUUUUCUAGGACGCCAACUACUUACCAUUUUUGUGCAGCUACGAUUAAAUUCAGAAUAUAUCAAUGCUAAUAUCGAUAGAUGGGGGGGAAAGGGAUUGUUAGUAAUGGGGACUAAGGACUACAUUGCUAGCAAUAUAUCUAACCAGG